AUGCAGGGACAAGAUGCAGAACUAUUAAAGGAAUAUUUCCUAAUAGAGCAAGAAAGGGAUCCAUCAUUUAUGUUUGAGAUAGAUGCAGAUGAUGAAUGUAAAUUGAAGCAUUGUUUUUGGUCUGAUUCGGUUUGUAGAAGAGCUUAUGGAUGUUUUGGUGAUGUAGUGGUAUUUGAUACAACUUACAACACUAAUCAGUAUGGUAUGAUAUUUGCACCUUUGGUUUGGGUUAACAAUCAUGGUCAAACAGUGAUAUUUGCAUGUGCAUUCUUAAGCGAUGAAAGAAUUGAAUCUUUUGUUUGGUUAUUUGAGGUAUUAAAGAAGAGCAUGCCCUGCAAAUGCCUCAAAGAUGAUUAUCACCGAUCAAGAUCCUGCAAUGACAAAGGCUGGAUUUUUACAAGGAUUUCAAACACUGCAUUUGGGAAUCAGAAUGUCCGGAAGAGUUUGAAAGAAAAUGGGCUUCUAUCAUCGAAAAUGCGAACCUACAUGACAAUGAAUGGUGCACUUGCACAUCAACGUCACGAAGACUUAUAUGCUAGUCAUGUUGAUAUUAAUGAGAAGCCUGUUUUGAAACUGCCAUUGGAAAUGGAGAAGCAAAUGGUUGAGAUAUACAUACGCAAGAUUUUUUAUAAGUUUCAAGAUGAGUUGUGGCAUAGCUUAGUAACAGUACCACAAAUUGUUAGUGAAAAUGAUACACAUAAAAUGUAUACGGUCCAGAGUUGUCCAAAUGAAAGUGUCCCAAGGUUCCGGGAAAUUGCUUAUGAUAAAGUUUUGGACUAUGCAUCGUGUAGCUGUAAAAAGUUUGAGAGUGAAGGGAUUCCAUGUAGACAUAUUUUGGCAUUUUUGCGACUCUUUGGUGAUAUUCCUCUGCCGAAUCAAUAUAUAAUGAAAAGAUGGUCUAGAGUUGCAAAGUCUCAAAUAAUAUAUGACAAGGAGGGGGUAGCACAAAGAGUGGAGGCAUUUAUGAAAAAGGUUAAUGAUACAACUUUGAAAGACCCAUCUCAGGGUCGCAUUGGCAGCUUAAGGGAUGACCCCUGCGUGUGGAUUACCAGGCCUGUAAAACUGACAUGGCAAUAA